GUGAGAGAAGGAAAACACACUUGCAUGUACAUAUGCACCUCCGCAACAGCUGACUGAGUGCACAGACACGGAGGAACGACAGACAGACAUGGGAGAGAAGUGAGAGAAACUGAAGGAAGGCAGAACAAGCCAAAGAGGCAAAGAAAAAAGCCUUGGAGUGACAGCCAGCUGCAACCAUGGCGGACUCUCCAACGGGCCCACCUGAGGAUAUCAACAAAAUCAGCUUCUGGAUGCCAGGAAAUUACAUGCGGACGGUACAGAGGACAUCAGAGUCGUACCAGGCUUGUAAAGACAUCAUCGCAUGUAUGAAGGACCGGGCUCAUGUGGAGCGACAGUACGCCCGUCAGCUGACCGAGUGGAGCAACAAGUGGAAAUCAGUCACUGAGACUCGGCCGCUGUACGGGUCUCUCAUGCGGACCUGGCAGUGCUUUUUCUCGUCCACCGAGCGUCUGUCUACCCUUCACACGUCAAUCUCCCAGUCUCUGGUUUCUGAAGAUGGAGAGCGCAUUCACUCGUGGCAGAAGGAGACGUUCCCGCGGAAAAUGUUCUGCGGAUUCAAAGAGUCGCAUGACCUCGCGGUGGCUUUCUCACGCGCUCAGAGGCCAUGGGAGAAACGAUUAAAGAAGCUGGAAAAGGCUCGUGCGGCGUAUCAUAAGUCAUGUCAGAGAGAGCAGAGCGCUCAGGAAAAAGAGAAUCAAGCCAAACACAACGCCAAACUGAGUGAGAGCAAACUGUCCAAGAUCCAGCAGGCCAGAGAGAAAGCCACGCAGGAGCGCAGCAAGGCACGUGAUCGUUACGAGAAGGUUCUAGAGGAUGUCACUGGAUUCGCGCCACGAUACAUGGAAGAAAUGGAGUCUGUGUUUGACCAGUCACAGGAGGAGGAGAGGAAGAGGAUCAGCUUCCUGAAGCAGGCCUUCCUGUCCAUUCACAGACACCUUGACAUUACCAACAACGAGAGUAUUAAAGCAGUGUACAGUGAGCUGCAUCACACACUCAUGUCCAUCAGUGAGCCGGAUGAUCUCCGCUGGUGGAAGAACAACCAUGGGCCGGGCAUGCCGACGGACUGGCCCAAAAUAGAGGAAUGGCACCCACCAAUUAAAAAGCAGAAACCAGGAAAGAAACCAAAAACACACAGAGGAACUGAGGAGAAAACGGUGAUGAUCGGAGGAGUGCGUGUUCGAGCGCUGUACAACUACACUGGAGAGGAGCCUGAUGAACUCUCCUUCAAAGCAGGUGAGGAGUUCCUCAAGGUGGAGGAAGAGGACGAUCAGGGCUGGUGCUGGGGCGUGAAGGAGGGCGGAGUCGAGGGGUUUUAUCCGGCCAAUUACGUGCUGCCUGUCAAAUGAUGUCAUCAAUCAUCAAUGUCAUUGCAUUAGAAAUCACCAAGAGCUUUUCUCACAACUAACUUUUUCACUUUUCUUUAACUUUUUCAAAAACAUCUAUUGGUUUAUCAUUUAAUAAAAAAUAUUUUCCUUUAAAAUUGUUUAAGUUACACUUAGUUUGAUAUUUUAUCUAAUGCAAUGACAUAAAAGAUUUUUACAACUACAACCGGUGUUUCAACAGACCAAACUGAAAAUAAAACAUGAAUUCUCUUUCAUGAAUCAAA